UUCGCGUGAAGGGAGGUGAAUCCUUCUUUCGCGCGAAAGAUGACCUCCCCCGCCGUCCUCCCGCCUUCGCCGCCCCAACCACCGUCGACCUCCUCCUCCUCCUCCUCCUCCGACCUCCACGCCCACCGCCGCGCCACAAUUCGCGGCCUCGACUCCUGCGCCUCCAUGCCGGAACUCCGGCAGUACCACUCUCAGAUCGUCCGCCUCGGCCUCGCCGCGGAUAACGACGCCGUCGGCCGCCUUCUCAAGUUCUGCGCCCUCUCCCCCUCCGGCGACCUCGCCUACAGCCUCCGCCUAUUCAGCCAUCUCCCCCGCCCAGACCCCUUCGUCUUCAACACCCUCUUCCGUGCCCAGCCCCCCUCCGCCGCCCGCUCCGCCCUCCUCUACUCCGAUAUGCUCCGACGCCCCGUCCAUCCCAACGAGUUUACUUUCCCCUCCCUCCUCCAGUCCAUCGCCGCCGACCGGGAGCUUGGUCUUGGCCGCCAAGUCCACGCCCACGUCCUCAAGCUCGGCUUCGGCACCGACGGCUACUCCGGGAACAAUCUCCUACAUAUGUACCUCAGCUGCGGCCUCCUUGCCGAAUCUCUCGGUCUUUUCCAUGCAAUGCCUCACCGAGAUGUUGUCUCUUGGACGACAAUGAUCAGUGGAUUAUCGGAAUUAGGCUUCUUGGAUGAUGCCCGAAAGCUGUUUGAUGAAAUGCCAGAGAGGAACUCAGUUUCCUGGAAUGCGAUGAUUGCGGGCUAUGUGCGGGGUGGGCGGUUCAAGGAGGCAUCCGGACUCUUUGAGCAAAUGCGAGCAGACGGGGUUGAGCUCGACAGGUAUGUUGCUGCUAGUAUGCUGGCGGCUUGCACGGGUUUGGGUGCAUUAGAGCAGGGGCAGUGGAUUCAUACAUACAUCAAGAGGCGUGGGAUUGAGUUGGACUCGAAGCUGGCCACCACUGUGGUGGACAUGUACUGCAAGUGUGGUUGCUUGGAGAAGGCUUAUGAAGUUUUUAGUGAAUUGCCAUGCAAAGGGCUCUCGUCAUGGAAUUGUAUGAUCGGAGGUUUUGCGAUGCACGGUCGAGGGGAGGCGGCGAUCGAGCUGUUUAAAGAGAUGGAGAAGGAAGGGGUGAUGCCGGAUGAUAUCACUCUGUUGAAUGUACUAAGUGCAUGCGCACACGCCGGGUUGGUACGUGAGGGCCGGCAUUAUUUUGAAUAUAUUGUUCAGGCUUAUCAUAUCGAGCCCAAGAUGGAGCAUUUCGGGUGCAUGGUUGAUUUGCUCGGUAGAGCAGGGUUGUUGGAAGAAGCUAAGAAGAUCAUAGAUGAGAUGCCUAUGGAAGCUGAUGCUGGUGUGUUGGGUGCACUUCUUGGAGCAUGCAAGAUUCAUGGCAAUGUCGAAUUGGGGGAGCAAAUUGGUAGGCUUGUCAUAGAGUUAGAUCCUCAGAACAGCGGGCGGUAUGUGUUGCUAGCUAAUUUGUUUGUGAGUGCUGGUAGGUGGGAAGAUGUGGCAAAUGUUAGGAGGUUAAUGAAUGACAGGGGAGUGAAUAAGGAGCCUGGAUGUUCUGUGAUUGAAAGGAAUGGUGUGGUCAGUGAAUUCAUUGCUGGAGGAAGGUCUCACACUCAGGCUAAAGAAAUCUAUGCCAAGGUUGAUGAGAUGAUGGAGAGGAUAAGAGCUGAAGGUUAUGUGCCAGACACUGGUGGGGUGCUGCAUGACACUGAUGAGAUGAACAAGGAUGAUUCCUUGUACCAUCACAGCGAGAAGCUUGCGAUUGCUUUUGGAUUGUUGCACACAAGGUCAGGUGAAACGAUUCGCAUAUCAAAGAACUUGAGAGUUUGCAGAGAUUGUCAUGCAGCAAGUAAGAUCAUAUCAAGAGUUUUCGAUCGGGAAAUAAUUGUAAGGGACCGGAACAGAUUCCAUCAUUUUAAGGGAGGAGAGUGCUCUUGCAGAGAUUACUGGUGAAUGUAAUUUGGUGGAGUUUGGGAGCUCGGUCGGUCAAGUAGCCCAUGAGGUAACUAUUUUAUAUGUUGGAAAGAUUGUACAGGAUUCAGUUGUAUAAUCAAGGGUGGAAGCAAUAUAAAUGGAGGAAACUGUGGAGUUGGUUUGCCAUUGUAAUUUUGUUGAAUGCUCUACAGGAGGGCGUUUUUGAGAUCAGGAGUUUGUGUAUUCUAA